GAACAACGGGACAAUGCGAUCACGUGACAUCACAUAGUCACCUACCAUGCCAUUAUCUACUGGUAGGUCAGAAGACUGCAUGCCAUCUUUGCCUGUAGUACCAUAUAAUUCAUUCUAUCUAAACAGCUAUUCCUCAAAUCUUACCAAAGAUCGGACAGUGCCAAACAAGGUUGGGACGGACAUAUGGCAGGUGUUCUGUCGGCUAGCGGACCCCAAACAGCCAGUGUCCAUCAUCCGACAACACUAUCUGGACAAAACCGGCCCCUCCUUCACGUGCUCUAUCGCAGAUCCUCCAUUAUCAAAUCUAGUCCAGAAACCCGGGGUACGAUGCAUGUGCUACGAAAACGUCAUCCACUUCGUCAGACAGGUGUGCUGCAGGAGUUCCAUUAACUUGUCUACUCCUCUGGAAAAGAAACCAUUGCCGUCCAGUUGGAUGAAAUCCAGUACGAAGCAUUUCCGAGAGAACGAACGCCUCCAGUUCCCAUUGGCCACGGUCGUCGUUAGGUGGCAGCAGAAGCGGUAUCCAAUCGACUUCAACUACAAGCUUCUCCACACCAUAUUUUCUAAAUUCGGAACGGUCAGGGAGAUCCGGAAACUUAGCCCAAACAGUGUUCUGGUAAUUUUUGAGGAACUGUCUGCAGCCUGCGACGUAAUCUAUUCCAAUUACAUUGGGAUGUCUGGGAGUAAGCUACAUUGUAGGUGGUGGCAUAAAGGUAUGGAAACGAAAACGGCGGUUAAAUUCCGGAAAGGGGUCAAAGUUCAACCCGUUCCAUUUCUGUAAAAUGACACGAUACAAUAUUUGAAAUUAUCAACCAUACACGUAACCAGUUAAUAAACACAUCUGUAUAUACUUGUUAAUCUUAGAUUAUGUCCUUGUGUGUUGACGCUAUGCGUGUUUGAAAUAGAAUUAAAACAGAACACCGAAUACACUUAAAUAGUUUUAUCAUAGUAUGUAGUGAUCAUACAUCGGUUUAAUUAGAUGUACAAUAUGAUAUAUAACUGCUAUGCACAUUAAGCUGCUCCAGCGUAUAUAAACGAAUAUAAACAACACAACUUAACGAGGUUCCUCCGCCCAGCACUACACAUACAAAUGUAACAAGAAAUGUAAUAUGUAGGAUUAAACAUCCAUUUUUGCGGAUUUUGUUUUCAACAAACUACACGCAUACCUGUUACAUGUUCACGGUAAAUCGGGAUGGUUUCAUAGAACUGUACGGUUAAUGACACAAACAAGACGUCUCAAAUGUCAGCACCCUGGGAGUUAACUGUUAUGCCUGUAUGACGUGAACCAUUCGUCGUGCACUUAAUUCCGCAGUUUUUGUGGGUAAUAAUCAGUUGUAAGUGAGCUUUAAUAUAAUGUCAAAUUUCUCACCCAACUAUAGGCCUACAUUUUUAUCGAAAAAAUGUAUGGUAGAUAAAAACGACGAAGGGAAGUGCUGGCGAUUGUUUCAUGUAAUACAUUUACAUACCUUUCUCAACACCGAUCAUUUCUAACUGUGAUAACAGCUUUCCAUCCAGCAAGGUAUUGGAAUAUUACUAGACUGUGUUUCAUUGUACAUAACAAAAAGCUCACAAUUUCACUCACAAUUUCACAGAAAAUGCAAAAGGAAAAUCGAAUGUAAUUACUGCAACGUUGAUGAUGUGCUUGGCUUCAACAAAUGAUUAUCAACACUAUUACACAGAAUGUCAUUAUGAAUAAAUAAAAUAUAUCUAACAUCACACGAACAACAAGAAUAAAUUGCAGUCAUAUACAGUACAGUAUUGAUAAAGAGAUGAUUGACAUUUUGCUAUGUCCACAUACACUCUUGUCUAUCUGACCCCGUGACCUCCGUUAAUCUCGGACCAUUGUCGAUCCUGUAUUUCACAAAAUUAUUUCAACUCAUGAUG